AAAGUGGAGUGGGCUCUGAUCCGUGCUGGCGUGCUUAUGACCCGAUAAUGCCACCUGUGAUUGGCUGAAACGUUCGCGUGCAUGAAAAAGCAUGUUUCCCAUGUUGCAGGGGGCACUACUUUGUUGCGUCGUCAAUGCCUACAAAAUGCCGAAGUUGAAAGCUUGGUUAUAUUUUAGCAAGAGCGAUAACAAUACUGCGCGGUGCAAUAUAUGCGACAAGAGCAUCACCUGCAAGUCAGGCAACACUUCAAAUUUCCUAAAGCAUUUGACGGUGCAUGGAAUAAAUCUGAGAGCGGAGAGUUGCACCGUCUUCUCUCACACACCAACUUAUGCACCUUCGCCACCUCCGACUUCUCUGCAGGACGUUUUACCACCAGACUCGGAUUCAUCUGAAAGUACCGAGCACAGCGUCGUGUCUGAUAUUUCAUCUGCCUCUGCCCAGGUCCCUGAUGUGAGGAGGAAAAGGCAGGCAGCUACCGUAAAUCCAUUCACACUAGCAGAAAAGGCCAAAAUGACCAAAGAAAAACAAGCCGAGUGCCACAGGGCAGUGACGCAGUUUGUGGUAAAAGGUUUGCUGCCUUUUUCUACAAUGGAGACUCCGUGGUUUAGGGAGAUGAUGAGAACCCUUAACCCCAGGUAUCAGCCCCCCAGCAGAGACAUGCUGGCAAACACAUGCAUACCUGCCUGGUAUGCAGCCGAGAAGGAAAGGGUCAAGACAGAAUUGAAAGACGUCAGGGAUGUGGCUGUAACCGCGGAUGAGUGGUUCCGAGAAGGCUGAUAUGUUAAUUUUCUUGAAGAAAAACUGUUGAUAUUACAUUGGCGCGUGUGUGUGUGUAUGUGGUGUGAAUACGAUAGUGUGUGUUGGUGUUCUUUUUGCACUGGAAAUAACUUGAAUAAAUAUACUCCAAUAUGUGCAACAGAAUGUG